ACCAUGGGGUCGAAAUACGACCGCGCGAUCACCAUCUUCUCGCCGGACGGCAAGCUCUUCCAAAUUGAUUACGCGUUCGAGGCGGUGAAGAAGGGCGCCGCGACGGUCGGCGUCACGGGGAAGAGCUGCGUCGCGCUCGGCGUGGAGCGGAAGGCCGUCGCCAAGCUCCAGGAGGCGCGCACCAUCCGCAAGGUGGUCAAGCUCGACGACCAGAUCACGCUGGCCUUCGCGGGGCUCACGGCGGCGCCCGGGGUCCGCGAACGACACGUCCUCGCCCGCACGGAGCGACGCCGGGGCCGCCGCGCCUCACCGAGCCCCCCCCGCAGGCGGACGCGCGCGUGCUCGUGCAGAAAGCGCGCAUCGAGGCGCAGUCCUACCGCCUGACGUGCGAGGACGCCCCGUCGGUCGAGUACAUGGCGCGGUUUCUCGCGCGGACGCAGCAGCGCUACACCCAACGGGGCGGCGUGCGGCCGUUCGGCGUCUCGUCGCUCCUGGCCGGGUUCGAGUCGGCGAGCGGCGGCGUCCGCGGCGCGCCUUCAGCGUGUCGCGCCGCGGCGGCGGCGUCGCGGGGGCGGCGCGGGACGCGGGACGCGCGCGACCGCCCGGCCGCGCGCGCAGGCGACGCGAAAGCCCGUGAUGUACCAGAUCGACCCGUCCGGCACGUACUUCCGCUGGUCGGCGAACGCCAUCGGGGGCCGGAACGCCAAGUCCAUGCGCGAGUACCUCGAGAAGGAGUGGAAGGGCGACCUCGCGGACGACGACUGCGUGGAGUUGUGCGUCAAGACGUUACUGGAGGUCGUCGACUCGGGCGCCAAGAACAUGGAGGUCGUCGUGCUUAAAAUCGCGGAAGACGGCACGCGUUCGGAAACGACGCUGCCGGACGAGGCGCUCGACGCGAUGUGCGCGCGCAUCGAGCGCGAGCGCGAGGAGGGCAAGGACGAGGGCAAGGACGAGAUGAAGGACUAG